AUGAGCGCGUCUGGUCGAGGCGUCAGAGGGGACUUGGAAGCGGGGCCUGAACCAGGCACGAAUUCGGGUCUCGCUUCGGGAUUCUCGUCAACCGCAGGAUGGUCGGUGCCGUCCGCCGUCGAUAUGCGAUGGAGAGCACCAGGCGGCCAAUCGUCAGGUUCCAGUAACGGGGCCUUCACGGGGACGAGCGGGCUGUCGAUUCAGUCUGGUGGUGCACCACCAUCCACCCAAUCCGGCUUCCCAUUCUCACAGCCGCAGUCCGUUGGACUCUCAGGGUCGGGAGGCCAGGGGUCCGUUGCAGCGAGGGAGUUGAUUGUCAAUGUUCAACCGCUCGUCUUCAUCCUCACACUCAUGUUUCUCCUCAUGCUGCUCAGCUUCCCUCAGGCUUCAGAGUUUCUGCUGUGGGUGUUCAUCGGAGCGUUUGUAGCAGCCAUGCUGCGAGGUCUCUCCCUCUACCGCCAUCUCGCCGACCAAGCCAGAGCUCAACGAGCCUUUGCCCGCCUCCUCGGCCUUCCCCCUUCCUCCACCUCCUUUCUCCUCUCUAAUCCAUCUGCGCUCGCCUCCCCUUUCCCCCCCUUUGGGCCGCCGUUCUCGAGUCUUCCCUUCCAGCCUGCAAGGGAUGCUGCAGUCCCUCUCUCCGACCUCCCCUCCUUCCCCUCUCUCUCCCCCUUCCCCGCCUUCCCCUCGUCCCUCUCCCCUUCCAUCUCCCCGUCCUCAUCCUCUGGAAACCUCAGCCAAUCCACGUCAGCAGCAGCGGCUAGAUCAGCAUCCGCAUCAGCUCCAGCUGGAGCUGAGUCAGCGGCAUCUGCUUCUGCCGCCCAGCGUAUGCACAUGCAACAGCCACAGGCACAGGCACUGUCAGAGCUCGGUGGGGAGUGGUUUGGAGUGGGGGAGAGGGGUGGAAGAAUGGAGGACGGGUCGUUGCUUGCUGCAAGAAUAGGGUCGCUGGUACGAGCACAGUUCGGGCAGCUAGGUGCUUCUCGACAGCAGCAGCCAGGGCAGCAGCUGCAGCAGCAGAGGCAGCAGCAAUCAGGGCAGCAGCAGCAGGGGCAACAGGAGGAGGGGGGUCGCAUGUGGUUGGAGCACCAGGCGCAGCUGCGGCGGUUGCAGCGGCACCUGGGGUUGCAGCUGGCGCUCAUGCACCGAGAGCUGCAGGCAUCAGACUACGACCUGCUGCGUGCGCUGGAUGCAGACAACGCUCCGUCCGUCCCUGCCCUGAGCGACGUCGAGAUUGCUCGCUUGCCUGCUUUCCCAUACAAGCCAAAGAGGAGUCGAUCUGUGGCUACAACGCCAAGCCAACUGCCCGAUCUGCAAGCACCAGCUAGUGCUGUCAUGAGUGUCUCGGAAGGAAUGACCACAGCCCAGUGUGGUCAGCAGCAAGACAAAAGGGUCCUCGCUCUCGCGGAGGCGCCCUUCCUGAUGGAUAACCCUGAGACCGCCAAGCUCUUCCCGGCGGACGCCAUUGCUCGCGCUAAGAAGUACCUCUCCUUCACGACAGGCGGAAUCGGCGCAUACAGCGACUCCCGCGGACUGGCGGGCAUCCGCAAGGAGGUGGCGGAGUUCAUCGCCAAGCGGGACGGCUUCCCCUCUGACCCCGAUAAGAUAUACCUCACGGACGGCGCCAGCAAGGGAGUGGAGCGCAUGCUCAAUGUGCUCAUCCGGAACGAGAAGGACGGGAUCCUGUGCCCCAUCCCGCAGUACCCCCUGUAUUCCGCGUCCAUCGCGCUGCUGGGCGGCACGCUGGUGCCAUACUACCUGGACGAGAGCCAAGGCUGGGGGCUGGACAUGGCGGAGCUCAAGCAGUCGUGCGAGGACGCGCGCAGCAAGGGCAUCGAGGUGCGGUGCCUGGUGUUCAUCAACCCCGGCAAUCCCACGGGCAACUGCCUGUCAGAGGAAAACCUCAAGGAGCUCGUCAAGUUCUGCGUCGACGAGCGCCUCGUGCUGCUCGCGGACGAGGUGUACCAGGAGAACGUGUACCAGGACGAGCGCCCCUUCCUCAGCGCCAAGAAGGUGGCGAUGAGCAUGGGCGAGCCGUACGCGUCGUCACUGGAGCUCGUGUCCUUCCACACAGUCUCCAAGGGCACGUUCGGGGAGUGCGGGCAGCGCGGCGGGUACAUGGAGAUCUUCAACAUCGACGAGGGUGUGUGCCAAGAGCUCUACAAGAUGUCGUCCAUCAGCCUCUGCCCCAACCUGUGCGGCCAGCUCAUGGUGGGCCUCAUGGUGAACCCCCCGGCUCCUGGUGACGCCUCAUACGAGGAAUUCACAGAGGAGAGGAGCUCCCGCCUGGCCUCUCUGCGGCGCCGGGCGCACACAGUCACAGAGGGGUUCAACAGCUGCAAGAACAUAACCUGCAACUUCACAGAAGGCGCCAUGUACUCCUUCCCUAGGAUCAACCUGCCUGAGAAGGCCCUGGAGGCCGCCAAGGCAGCAGGCAAGGCGGCGGACGUGUUCUACUGCCUGCGGCUGCUGGAGGCCACAGGCAUCACUGCCGUGCCGGGAACUGGUUUCGGGCAGAAGGAAGGGUGA